AGUUUCUUUUGCCACCGGAAGAGCCUGUACGAGUUCCCGCUGCCACGAUUUGAGCUUUAUCACGCAAUCCCGCUUCAGAAAAUAUGGACGUGACAGUAAAGGUCCCAAAGACCCUCAAAGCCAAAGUGAUGCUGUGGACGGAUGCAAGCUUCCAUGACAUGGAGGUGAUCGACAACACGCAGUCUGUUCCUGAUCUCGAAAGAGUUGUGGGCAGAGUGUUUGGAGUUGACCUCGCCGAACCCAAACGAGGAGUUCUCCUGGAGCUGUAUGUGCAGACUGUGAUCUUCUGCAGAAAGUUCAGCUUCAACAAGGAACAAACGUCUGCCCUGCUGUCCAUCAUCAAGUCCAUCCACGAGGCUAACAUAGAAACGCCACUCAACAACCUGGAGCAGUGUUUCGAUUACUGCAAGGAGCUUCUGCUCUGUCACUCUGUCAGGCGACCCCCCUUCAGUAUCAACCUCUUCAGCCCUAAGGAGGCCGACUUUAUCCUGAACUACAUCUACAACAGCUACAUGAGACACUACAAACUCUACAAAUAUAUCUUCACUCCACAGGUUAAACUGGAUCUGUCAGUGACUUACGUUGGGAUCCCUGAUGAGGAUUCUUCUGCUGCAGAAGGAGCAGAAUAUGCAUCAAAGAAAGAGGAUUCCACGGACACACAGGACACAUCCCUCACAGAGGAAGAGAAAAGCAUGCUGGGUCACACAUCGGACCUGAAGGCAAUUGUAGAGACAGAAGUCAGGGAUCAGAUGACGCUUGUGUCAGGACAACUCGACAAGAGAAUGAAUGAAAUUGCAGAUCAGCACAAAACGUUAGAUUCUCCACAGCCCAACCACAAGGCCAAAAAAUGACACAUGAUAAAAGUAACAGCCUGCAGAAUAAGAUAAUUCUGACUGUAAUGUGUUUUAUUGUCAAUAAAACCCUUUAUCUUCUUUAACAGUACAA